AUGGACGUCGGAUGCUUUGUAAAUCAACGGCGGUCCUACAAUGGGGAUCUAUGCACAGUUCGUUACAUAGGUAAAGUUGAGGGCACCACCGGCGAGUGGCUCGGAGUGGAAUGGGAUGACCCCACGCGGGGGAAGCAUUCUGGAGAACACAACGGAGUGAGAUAUUUUACAUGUAGAAGGAAACACCCCACGGCUGGUUCGUUCGUGCGCCCUUCGCGACGGACCGACAGACCUCGAGGCUUCCUUGAGGCAGUGCGUCACAAGUAUGCUUCUGAGUUCCAAGAAGAACUCGCAAGACAGCAGUCAGGCGAAGUCUCUGCUGCGCGGGAAAUCAUCAAAUUUAGUAGCAAAGUAGUGGAAGAGGUCGGCUUCGACAAGAUCCGGAAGAAACUUGCAGAGCUCCAGGAAUUGAAAAUCGUGCUCCUGGAUCGCCUAUGCAUCGCAGGAGUUCUCCCUCAUAGAGCGAGUCUACAUGAGCUUGCAGAGGCUUGCAAGGAGAUAGAACAGACAUGUCCUAAGAUCGUUGACCUCGAUCUGAGUUACAACUUACUGGAAAGCUGGGUUGACAUUGCAAACAUAUGUCAACAGCUGAAGCGCUUGAAGACAUUGAAGCUGAUGUUGGUCAUUCAGUACAUCUGUGAGAAGCAUGCUGACAGUUGGCAGCGGAAAUCGUCUAGGUCCUCGACAGGAGGGUCUGAUAUUCGACGGUAUCACAACACUACACUUGGACGAGACUCUACUCGAAUGGGACGAGGUAUGCUGCACAAAGCUACUGCUUGGUUACCAAUUUCAGCUUUGACAUAUCAAUUCCCGUCACUCUCUGCUCUGUCUGCCUCCGCAAAUCAGAUUACCCAGAUCUUGACACCUAUCACGGAUACCAUCACGACCUUGACACUGGAAAACAAUGACAUCUCUUCGCUAUCCUCAUUAGCAUGUCUGACCUCUUUGAGCAAGCUCGAGCACCUCUCGCUGAGAGAGAAUCGUAUCGGGAAAGUCUAUGCGUCUGGCAUGGAAGGAAACUCUCUUCAGUUUUCCGAAAAUCUCAGAUCGGUGGACCUAUCCAGAAACAAUAUCGAUUCUUGGCUGUUUGUGAAUGAACUUCAACGCGUAUUUCCUGGGCUGCAAUCUUUGCGCAUAUCAGGAAAUCCCCUGUACGACAAGCCUGUUGCCCCCUCGAACGUCACAAAUUUACCGGAGAAGCCAAUGACGGUGGACGAGGCCUAUAUGCUAACACUCUCUCGACUCGCUUCCAUCCAAACGCUCAACUACAGCAAGAUAACUUCCCAAGACCGAAGUAAUGGCGAACUCUAUUACCUUUCCCUCAUUGGCAAGGAGUUAUCCGCGUAUCCGGAAAGCGCAGAACGCGAGAUUCUUGCUACACAUCCCCGCUAUCAGGAGCUUUGUGAGAAAUACGGAGCGCCCACAAUCAGGAGAGCCGAGCUGGCAGGCGCUGCCGUGAAUCCGCGCUCUGUUGCCGCCCGAGUAGUGAAGUUGGCUUUUUGCUUGCACUCAUCAGUUAGUUCCGGUGCAAACCAAGAACAAUUUCGAGUUCAGAAGAUCCCGAGAUCCUUUAAUACAUAUCAAGUCAAGGCAAUCGCCUCCCGCCUGUUCAAUUUGCCGCCUUACCAGUGCCGACUAGUCUGGGAGACCAACGAGUUAGACCCUAUUCAUCAGGAGAAAAAGGACGAUGGAGACGAUUGGGAUAGUGAUGAGGAUGAAGCCACAGCUAUUGGAUUGGGGGAGAGUAACAAGCUCACACCGGCGACGGAGGAUGGAAAGUUCAUCAGAAGAGAGGUUGAGCUCCUGGAUUCAACGCGAGACAUAGGCUUUUGGUUCCAACCCGAUACUGUUGAGGCAAGGAUCAGAGUAGAAGUUGCAACAUCGAAUUGA